GAUUGCUGGCUCACCGAAGCGAUAUCCAGGCUCAACUCCUGCGCUUAGCUUCGUGAAAUUUGAGAGAGAUCGGGCACAUUCCCGAUGACGUGAUCAUUGGCUGCAAACGCAAUCCCACCGAUAAGGCGAUGACUCUUCGCGCCCAUCUGUAGGAAACUGGGCUGAGAGCGCGGCUCUUUGCCACAGGGCGCACACCAUCCCUGGCGGAGCACUGUACCUCGCCGUGUGUCGCUCACGCAAGAGAGCUAUUCGCGGUGCGCUAAAGAUAGCGCCGCAACAUCCUACUCCCGGCCGCCAUGUGGUCGCGUUCGCUUACCACCAGAGGAGGUGGUUGGUGGGUGGGUGGUGGUGGUGGAGGAGGUCUGGAGGAUAUUGUUGCGCGCGCGCGCGGCGUGCGUGGUGGCACCACCAGCGAGGUGUGUUCACAAGCGAUCACGCCACGGAUUCUCCUCGCGUGAACCCCCUUGGCCGAGGGCUGCUGUGAUCCAGCGGACGGACCUGGUGAACUCGCGUGAGGUCAGCUCGAUUUCUCUGCGAUUUCCCCCAAAUUCGGCCGCCGCUCGCGAGGAAUCCCCAAUGCUUCUUCUAACGGCCGAGUUGAACACGAACGGCCUUGAGAGCAGGACAAGGGGUGCCGGGUCAUGGAGGGGAGACACAGCAGAGAGCUCAACGGGAAGGCACCCGCUCCCAGGUCGGCUAUGGCUGACGGGAAAGUGGGCCCGUUCUUGCCAGUUGUGGCCAACGGAGACGCCUUGGCGCAACGCAGCGCGAUCCCCAGAGGUGCAGGAAGCUCGGUGAGCUCAGUGGGCGAGCAGCAGCAGCAGCAGCAGCGGCAGCAGCAGCAGCAGCUGGCGGUGGUGAGCGCCACGCGAGAGGUCUCGAGCCGAGCCGGCGAGGAGGUGGUGCUCGAGUGUUCCCUGCUGGGGCCGCCCGACGUGGACGUGGACUGGUGGCGCUCGGGCCGCCUGGUGCAGCCGGCGCUGCUCGGCUGCCGCAUGCGGUCCGACGGCCGCAAGGCGCGCCUCGUGUUCCCGGCGGCGCACGAGGAGGACAGCGGAUUCUACACGUGCCGCCUCAGCACCGCCAAAGAGGAGCAGACCUGCUCCAUCCGCCUCGUGGUGAGGCCCUCGCUGCUGCCCAUCUUCACACGGAAGCCCGAGAGCCUCGACGUGGCGGAUGGGCGCCCCGCGCGCCUCGACUGCCGCGUGAGCGGGACCCCGGCUCCCACCGUCACUUGGUUCCGAGACGGCCGGCCAGUGCAGAGCGGCGAGAGGCGGCGCGUGUCAUCGGAGAAGGGGCUGCACUGCCUCUCGGUGCCGCACGCCUCCGCCGAGGACGAGGGCGAGUACACGGUGACGGCGGCGAACACCCACGGCGAGGUCAGCUGCUCCUGCACGCUCAUCGUCAGCGAGCCGCGGGCCCCGCACGCCUCCAACAUAUCCAAGCGCGACAUGAUGCCCUCCAUCGCCGAGGAGCCCGAGCUGGGCGAAGUGGAGAGAGACGGCGACAUAGAGUCUCACCGGGAUGGGCCUCGAGACUCAGCCACGACCCUAGGUCGUUCCGCGCGGCAGCCGGCACCGCCCAGGUCCGGCAAGGUGGCCGCUCGAGACGCCCGGUCGGCAGGGGUCCCGCGCCCCUCGACCCCCUCCGGUCCCCUCCUCCGCGACCCUAAGGCCGCCCCGGACUUCUCGCAACCACUGUGCGACGUGGCGGUGCUGGAGGGAGGUUGCGCCGUGCUCGAGUGCCGGGGCCAGGCGCGCAUCCCUCCCCAGGUGUCCUGGCUCCGGCAGGGCGAGCAGGUCCCGUUGGGCGGCAGGGUCACGUCGAAAGAGGGUGAGGCUGCCCACUCGAUCGCUCAGACGCUCACACGCAACACGCUUUCCCUGCCUCCGUCUCUUGUGAUUCUGCAAGGGAUAACCGGACUGACGCCUCUGCGUUCGAAGAAUGGCACGUUCAGGCUCAUCAUUCAGUCCGCAAAGCUGGCUGACGCCGGCGUUUACAAGUGUAUUCUGUCAAACUCCGCGGGGAGGGCCUUCUGUCACGCUCAUUUGCACGUCGUGGACGCCACCCCCGGGCCUCCGGAUGGACCCCCGAUUGUCACAGAUGUGACUGACGACUCCGUGACGCUGUCGUGGAAACCUCCCAAGGCCUUCCAGGCUUUCUCAGAGCCGGGCUCCGUGACGUACGCGCUGCAGUACCAGGUGGUUGGCCGCAGCCAGUGGAUCGUCGUGGCGUCCAACGUGCCGGGCACGAGCCAUGCGGUGCGCACGCUGCGCCCGGGACUGCACUACCUCUUCCGCGCGCUCACCGUGAGCCCGCACGGCUGCAGCCGCCCCUCGCCUGCCUCGGCACCCACCUGCCUCCUGCCCCACGAGCCCUUUCUCAAUGAGCCUCCUCGCUUUGUCAAGAAGUAUGAAGAGAUUUUUGCGGUGGAAAAUGAGCCCCUGGAGAUCACGUGCAGAUUGAACCAUGUGCAGGCGACCGUGUCAUGGACAAGGGACGGCAUCCCGGUGGACGAGAGUUCUGGCGAGGUGCGGCUGAGCUCUCGGCCCGGGGGCACGUGGGCGCUGGAGAUGCCGCGUGCUCGCGCCGAGCUGCUGGGGGAGCUGGUGUGCACGGCGCGCGGCGAGUUCGGCUCCGACUCCUACACGGCCGUGGUGUCGCAGGCCGAGGCCCCGCACUUCGAGGUGAUCAUGGAGGACGUGGAAGUGCAGGAAGGAGACCCGGUCCGCCUGUCCGUGGUGGUGCACGGGCGCCCCGAGCCCGAUGUGCUGUGGUACAAGGAUGGCGCUCGGCUGGCGGAGGCAGGCGGGCUUGCCUCGGUGACGCGGAGCGGCUCCGCGUGCUCCCUGCUGCUGCGCGACGUGCGUGGCUCGGACCGCGGGCUCUACGCGUGCGAGGCGCGAUCCCGGGCCGGCACGGCACGCUGCAUGGCCGAGCUGAGCGUGCACAUGGAAAAAUCAGAGGCCCGACAGCGAGAGAUGCCAGAAGAAGAAGUACGAAAACUGAAAGACCACUAUGAGAUACUGGAAGAGAUCGGGAGGGGAGCCUUCGGCUCAGUGCGCCGCGUGCGUGCACUUAGCGGGGGGUCUCCCUGCGCCGCCAAGUCGCUGCCCCGGGGUCGCGUGCGGCGCGAGGCCGCGGAACGGGAGCUGCGUGUGGCGGCACGGCUCGCGCACGAGCGCGUCGUGUGCCUGCACGACGCCUUCCGCUCGCGGCGCCGCGUCAUCAUCGUCAUGGAGCUGUGUUCGAAUGAGGAGCUGUUGGACAGGCUGGUGAAGAAGCCAGCGCUGUCUGAACAUCAGGUGAAGAUGUACAUCAAGCAGAUCCUGGAGGGCAUCAGCUAUCUGCACUCUAUCAACAUACUCCACCUCGACAUCGAGCCGUCCAACAUCCUGAUGGCCGAUGCUGGCAAGGACGACAUCAAGAUAAGCGACUUUGGCUUCGCCCAGGAGGUGGUGCCUGGCUCCCCGCAGUACAGCGAGUUCGGGACGCCUGAGUUCGUGUCCCCCGAGGUGGCGCGCCACAGCCCCGUGUACAAGGCCUCCGACAUCUGGCCUGUAGGUGUCAUUACGUACGUGUGCCUCAGCGGACUCUCUCCGUUCCUGGGCGAGAACGACCGAGCGACGUUGCUCAACGUCACGCGCAAGACGCUGAACUUCGACGAGCGCACGGCGGCGAUCACGAGCCGCGAGGCGCAGGACUUCAUCUCCAGAGUGCUCGUGCAGGACAUCGGGCGGAGGCCACUGGCUGACGAUUGCCUCAAGCACCCGUGGUUCAAGAGCUUCACGACUUUGCGAGCAGUCACAAACAUCAGCACGGAUCGACUCAAAUUCUUCCUGUCCCGCCGAAGGCUGCAGCGCUCCCUGGUGCGCUACAAGUCGGCCGUGGUGCUGCGCUCCAUCCCCGAGGUGCUGUCGGGCCACGUCGCCCCGCGCGUCUCCCGCCGCACGGCCAAGCAACUUCGAGACGCCGCUGCUUCCUCCUCCUUCUCCUCCUCCUCGUCUUCCUCGUCCGGAGAGGAAGACCCAGGUGGUUCCGAAAGCUCGAAUGGAUUAGGUUUGGACGCACUGCGUCCAGAUUUUUCGGCUCGGAGCCAGGACGAUAGUAGGGGUUCCUCCGCACGGGGGACCUUGGGCUCCGACACGGAGCCCGCGGUGCUCGGCCGACUCGGGGCGGUGGUGCAACGGAACGGGGAGUGCGGCAGCAAGGAAGCGGCGAUAGAACGGGGACUGCAGUCGUUUUCGGAGCGCAGAGCGGCUCAGAGAGGCGUGAUCCAAAGGACCAACUCGGCCGACGCAGCCUUUCAGGAUGGCCGGGCUUCUGUCACGAACAGGAGCACGCAGGACGGCGCCGCUGCGGCCUCACAGUACCUGAAGCCGCACCUGAGCAAGUCGGCAUCCUUGGAGCUCCCACCAAAAAGCCGGAGCCCUGGUUUGACGCUUCUAGGCCCUCCCUCUGAGAGCUCCACAGAAAGCAGGGGGCCGCUGGAACUGGUGAAAGAUCGACCCUCGACGUUCCUGGCGGAGAGUCCGCUGGUGGCGCCGAGGAGGUCCCUCGUGAGGGAGGUUCACCAGCGCAGCUCGAGUGACCCUGCCGGGAGCACGCGACUUGAACGGGGAGCGUCCUCCUCCGAGGCUGAGGACAUCGCAUCGGGCAGGAAACCGGAGGUGUUCCGGUCGUCUGGCAGUAUCCCAGUCGGCAGGGAGCCUGCACUGAGAAGGCAGCUCGCUUUCGAGCAACGAGGGCAGUCCUCAGCCACGUCAACCGCAUUGGACACGAUGCUGCGAAUUCAGCAGGGGGGAAGCGCGCUCGAUGAAGACUCGAGGAAAACAACGGUGGUGGCAACGGAAAAUGAAAGGUGCCUACGGCAGCAAAAGGCCGAGCCCACCAUCAUGCAGCGCUCGCAAAGCUCAGUCGCUCAGAAUGGCAGAGGCCGGCAGCUGCAGGCGGCAGCAGCGACAAGGCUGCCGCAGUUCACAGAAAAAACCCCGGAGCCCGGGGGCUUGGUCGUGCUGAAACCUCAAGCGACGGAGGCGCGGACAUCACAGGCAGCGGAUAACGGUACUCCCUGGGUGACGAGGACCACGGGUGGAGGAGAGGCUGAGACGACAAAUACGAAUCCACUUCUAAACGGGUCAAAGCCUCAGACGGUCGGGCGUUACGCUCGCCUGCUCAACGCGGCGUCGACCGAUGGCAGUGUGAGGGAAAUGGCGAAACGCUUCUCAAACAACGGCAGCACAACGAGGCUUCAGCUCGCGCCGAGAGACGAGGGGCUGGGGCAAAGACCCGUGAAUGUGCGCGGCGGAUCGCUGAGUACGCCAAAGCAAACCGUGUCUCAGACUAAGGCGGAACUUCUGGUGGCAGAGGCGCCAGUGACCCAGGUGCUCUACCGGCAGCUCCAGCAGAGCUCUCCCGAGGGGUCCAUGCUCAGCAACGCGGUAUCUCGAAAAGGGGACAGGAGCAUCUCUGACACGGCGAUGGCGAGCAAAGAGCAGCUUACUCGGGAACCCGCGGAGGAGCCCGGGAGCCUCGUGAAGCGACUGUCGCAGCGGUUCAAGAGGUCCCCGUCGACCGAGCGAAAGUCUACAGAGGGCACAGAGUCGAGGGAAAGUGAGGGCAGGAGCAAGACCCCCACCAUGAUGCAGAAGUUUUCCUCCAGACUCAAACGGAUCGGCUCCACUGAGAAGAUCGAGUCAGAGCACAAGCUUGGGGAGGCCCCGGCCACCGAGGGGCAGCAGGCGGCCAGGGACCGGGACGGGGUGCGGGACGUGGCGGCGGAGGGCGGCGACGGCCCGUUGGGUCGCGCAUCGUCACCGGCGAUGGCCCUGCGAAGGAGGAUCGAGGCGACGGUGUCCGGCCUGUCCCUGCGCUCGGGACGCAGCCGCUCCGAGGACCGGGCGGGCGGCGGCGACGCGCAAGCCGCGCGGCGCAGGGCGUUUGGCGAGACGCGCGCGGGCAGCCUCGACGCGGCCACGGACGACGCGGACGAGCAGACGGGCCUGGGGCGCGCCGCUUCGGAGUGGGCGCCCCUGCGCAGGACGGGGUCGGAGGGCGCAUCCCUGCGCGAGCUGUCCGGGGACGAGGGGGGGCGCGCGUUGUCGCGCGGCGUCAAGCCGCCCCCGUCCCCCUCCAGCAGCUCCAUGCGCUCGGUGACCAGCGCCAGCACGGAUACGGAGGAGCCGGAGCGGCGCUCGCGCUGGGACCGCUGGGGCGCGAGCCGGCUGAACCGGCGCGACCGGAGCCCCUCGCCGCAUCAAGACUCGGGCAGCAGCUCGCGUGACAGCCUCGCCUCCGUGUCCCGGGAGAACCCGGCGCCUGCCGCGCGGCUCUCCGGCUUCAAGGAGUCCGUGCGGCGGUCGCUGCGCUCCUCCGAGAGCCUGCCGGCGUUCACCGUAAAGCUCAAGGACGAGCUGCUGGUGGAGGGGGAGCCUGUCACUCUGUGCUGCAGCCCGACUGGGAGUCCUGCCCCCACCAUCUCGUGGCUCAAGGACAGGAAGCUGCUGGAGCCGGAUGAGCGCGUGCGGCUGGCCGGGUCAGCGGACGGGCGGCAGCUGCUCACGAUCGUGCGGGCCGGCAUGGCCGACGCGGGAGUCUACGAGUGCAUGGCCGUCAACUCCCUCGGCAUCGCCACCACCUCCUGCACUCUCGCUCGUGCCGGUACCUCCCUAGUCAACCACCACCUCCUGCAUGCUCGCUCGUGCUAUUCUCGUCGCGGGUCCAGUGAUUUCACCACAGGCCCUGGUUGUUAUCUUCAAAUGCCAACAAUGUAUUGUGAGACCAGCUUUAAGUUGCAUAUAGCAAAUGGGUGUGUGUGUGGGCCAUUCAAUGUUCUCUCCUUGUAUACCGAAGUGUUCUCGAAUGCUGUACAUUUUACUAGUGCACGUGUAGACACAUCUAAUAGCCGAUUUGACACAGCCUGUGGCUGCUCAUCCAUCCCCUGUAUUCUUCCAUGCCUUUGUCCCCCUCUCCCUACCUGCGUCUCCCUCUCCCUGCCCGUGUCUCCCUCUCCGUGCCCAUGUCUCCCUUCAUGCUUUUGUCUCCCUCUCCCUCUCGGUGUGUCAGAGCCCCCAAGCUGGACGGGGGCGGCCCCCGAGGUGCCGCAGGUGUUUGAGAGUGGCGCCCUCGUGGUGUGGAAGCCAGUGCAGGCGCGCACGCCGCUCACGUACUGCCUCGAGAUGCAAGCCGGCCCAGGGGAGCCUUGGAAAGAGGUGGCGAGCGGCCUCUCGGACACGUACCACCACGUGGGUGGCCUGUGCCAGGGCCUCGCCUACCGCUUCAGGGUGGCGUGCGCAACGCGCGCUGGCAAGGGCCGCGGCAGCCCCGCUUCGGAGCCCGCGCUCAUCCCUGGAGGUCGAGCUUUGGGAGUGACAGCGAGGUCCCGUCGUGACAUCGCGGGGCCACCGGCAACUGUGGCGACCGCGCAGGGCCACGCGCAGGGCCACCCGCAGGCUCCUUACACCUUCCUGGAGGAGAAGGCCAGGGGCCGUUUCGGCGUGAUCCGGGUGUGCCGCGAGAACGCCACGGGCCGCGCGUUCGCCGCCAAGGUGCUGGCCGCGGCGGACGAGGAGAGCCGCGCCUUGGCGCGCGCCGAGUUCGAUGCCCUGCGCUCGCUGAGCCACGAGCACGUGCUGGCCGUGCACGAGGCGUUCGUCACGCCGCGCCACGUGGUGCUCGUCACCGAGCUCGUCGGCGGCAGCGAGCUGCUGCAGCACCUGUGCGAGAGGCGAGUGCGGACAUGCGCCGGAGGGCGGUCGAGUGUUGCGUGGGUUUGUCAGAAUCAGAAUAUUUACUUACGCCGGAGGAAUCCGAUGAGCUGCAAAGCUCUUUUUCACAGACGGCCAGCAGGGGGCAGGUCAUUGCACGUGGUCAACCGUGGUGGUUUUGCUGCUGUUCCUGGAGGAGCCCUAAGGUGGUGGGGAGGGGGUGGGUAGUGUCUCCUGGGGCCACUAAUUGGGGUUCGGCCAGAAGACUUCAGAGACGCCUCUUCCCCCGAGGGUCUCCGGCGCUUGCUUAUUGUGGUGAUUUCGCUGUGGUUAUUUGGUCAGGUAAUUGAGGUGGAGGGGUGACCAGCUCCACGCCUCAAGGUGCACCUCGUCUGGCACUUAGUGGUAAACGGCGGUUGUUAUUGUUGUGGGUGUGGGGAGUGGUAGUGUAGUGGUGAGCACACUUCACUGCAAAACUGGCGACGCCAGUCCGAUUCCCGCUCACGGCCAACAUCAGCGGCGAAUAUCUAAACCGGUCCUGGGCCUCUCCUAAGUCGCAUCAGCCUUACAUGAGUACCUGGUGCGGUGUGUACACAUCACCCCCUCGAAUGCCGUGCCGUUCUAAGUAGUUGCUAUAUGGGGGAUCUUUUUUUUGCGUCUGCGUGCAUGGCUACGUCAAUGUGUGUGUACAUGUGUUUCUGUGUGUGUGCAUUAAUAUCUCUAUUUAUGCAUGUGUAUUCGUGUGCCUGUCUCUCUUUGUGCAUUUGUGUCCGUAUGUAUGUGCA